AACCCUACUGACCUUCCCGCGCUUCCCUCCUCCUCCCGCCUCUAACAAAAUCUGCGGACGGCGACCAUCCUCCGCUCACCAAAAAUUCCUCCCCGGCCACCGACAGCCUUCCAUUCCCCUCAUUCCUCUUCUCCAAAUCUCUGUUGUAUCACCUUAGGUAGUGAGUUGUGUUCCACUGUUGUCAAAGUGUUUUUGGAGUUUUGAAAUUUUGGAAUUUGGGCGAGACGUUGAAGCUCUUGUCGUGUCGAAGGAGAAAAAGUUAGGGUUUCGGGAAGAGCUCCGGUCUCGGUUCUUCUUGGACUGUCAUCGAAUCACAAAAAAUCGAAGUUGAUGGAUGCCAGCGACGGUGAAGAAGAGGAAUUCGAAUUGUCAAGAAACUAUUUCCUUGCAAAAGAAUUUGGCACUUCUGGAAAAAAAUCAACCCGUAAGCUCUCGGAAAUCGACAUUGUUGACGAACAGGAGCUAAGAGCGGCAUUAUCGAAUAUUGAGCCUAAACACGAAAAGGAAAUCAAUGACUUGAUGAACAGUUACAAAAGUUUGUACUCAAAAUGGGUUUUUGAAUUAAGGUGUGGCUUUGGUCUUCUAAUGUAUGGAUUUGGAUCUAAAAAGGCAUUGAUCGAAGAUUUUGCUUCAACAGGACUAACCGAGUAUUCUGUGGUUGUCAUCAAUGGAUAUCUUCACUCGAUCAAUCUUAAACAGGUAGUGAUAACCUUGGCUGAAUUACUGUGGGAGCAAUUGAAAAACUAUCAAAAUACACCUUCAGGGAAAUCUUCUAAAGCUGAAGAACCUUAUAAUUCCCGAUCCAUGGAUGAUCUGCUUGCUUUUCUGGAUGGCCCACAUGCCGAUGGAAAGAAAUGCUUUGUUUGUGCUGUCGUUCAUAACAUUGAUGGACCUGCUUUACGAGACUCUGAAAGUCAGCAGUAUCUUGCAAGAAUUUCUGCUUGUUCUCAUAUUCGUAUCGUUGCUUCCAUCGACCAUGUGAAUGCACCUCUUUUGUGGGACAAGAAGAUGGUCCAUACACAGUUCAACUGGUUCUGGUACCAUGUUCCGACCUUUGCACCAUACAAGAUCGAAGGGCUCUUCUUUCCUUUGAUUCUUACACAUGGUGGUGCCACGCAAACUGUUAAGACAGCUUCAAUUGUUUUACAGAGUUUGACACCAAAUGCACAGAGUGUGUUUAAAGUUCUUGCAGAGCAUCAAUUGGUCCAUCCUGAUGAGGAGGGGAUGCCUGUCAAUAAUUUGUACACAAUCUGUCGAGAGCGCUUUCUGGUGAGUAGCCAGUUUACACUGAAUUCCCAUUUGACAGAAUUCAAAGAUCAUGAGCUCGUCAAGACCAGAAGGCAUUCUGAUGGCCAGGAUUGCUUGCAUAUUCCUCUCACAACCGAAGCGCUAGAAAAAUUGGUACAAGAGAUCAGUCAAUAGAGGUUAUCUGACCACGGCUGCCAUAAGUUGAACAGCAAACACAUACAUGUUUCCUUGGCUUGUUGAUAGCUAAUACUCGACUGAUAUCGUGUUCAUAUGUAAGGUUGAUAUACUCGCUGUUACUAAUAUUGGUUAUACAUAAAUUCAUCUUGAGCUGCCAUAACUUGGUUCGUCAUGCUAUAUUCAUGGGCAAGGAAAACCAAACAGUUU